GCGCGUUCAUUGACCCCUUUCUAACCUCACUUUUGCAUUAACUUUAAUUAGUGAUUUCAGCACUCCUAGUACGUCCUUGUAAUUACUUACAUAAUUAGUGAACUAAGUGGACAAUUAUUAGUAAUUGUACGGUAAAAUCUUCAAAAAUAUCUACAAUCCUGGAAAUUUUUUCAAACAUAACCUAAGUUUCCCAUGUUCAAAAUGUUGCGUUAUUGUCAGAAAAUCAGGGGUUUUUGCCCAACAUUUGUGAAACUGCGGCAAAUACACAACUUUUCGCCUGAUAAAAACUACGACGUUAUUGUUGUGGGUGGUGGUCAUGCUGGAAGUGAGGCAAGUGCUGCAGCGGCCCGAAUGGGGGCUCAAACACUUCUCGUAACGCACAAAAAAGAAACCGUUGGGGAAAUGUCAUGCAACCCCUCAUUUGGGGGCAUCGGAAAGGGGCAUUUGAUGCGAGAAAUAGACGCCUUGGAUGGGAUUUGCGGCCGAAUGUGCGACCUGUCCGGUAUUCAGUAUAAAGUGCUCAAUAAACGCAAAGGACCCGCAGUUUGGGGUUACCGCGCUCAGAUCGACAGAGACCUCUACAAGAAACACAUCCAAACCGAACUUUUUGAAAACACACCAAACUUAGACAUUUUAGUGGCUUCAGUCGAAGACUUAAUCGUCGAAAAUCCGACAACAAACAGUAACAAACAAACCGUAAUAGACUGUCACGGUAUCAUUCUAAGUGAUGGCACAAAAAUCCACGCUAAAAGUGUUAUAAUAACCACUGGUACUUUCCUCAAUGGUCAAAUAAAUAUCGGUACUAAAAUAUACCCAGCUGGGCGCAUAGGCGACCAACCGUCGAUCGGUUUAGCCAAAACUUUAGCCGCCUUGAGUCUCAAAAUGGGGCGUUUGAAAACAGGGACUCCCCCGAGACUUAAUUCAAAUACGAUAAAUUACAAAGUCUGUGAUAUACAAAAGGGUGAUAACCCGCCGUUACCUUUCUCGUUUAUGAAUGAUAAAGUCUGGAUUAAGCCUGAAGAUCAGUUGGUUUGUUACCUAACUAAAACCUCGCUGGAUAUUGAACCGAUUAUUAGGAAUAAUCUUCACGUUAACCGACACGUAACCGAGGAAGUAACCGGUCCGAGGUAUUGUCCGAGUAUCGAAUCAAAAGUCUUGCGGUUUGGGGGGCGCCAGCACCAGGUUUGGUUAGAACCGGAAGGUCUCACUAGUGAUAUAGUUUACCCAAAUGGGUUGUCUUGCACUCUCCCCGAAGAUUUACAAGUUGAGUUGAUUCAUUCGAUACCGGGGUUAGAAAAGGCGGAAAUCACACGACCUGGGUAUGGGGUUGAAUACGAUUUUGUGGAUCCCCGGGAAUUGCAAACAACACUUGAAUUGAAACGAAUCCACAAUUUAUUCCUCGCUGGUCAAAUUAACGGGACUACUGGAUACGAGGAAGCGGCAGCUCAGGGGAUAAUCGCUGGAAUAAAUGCCGCAGCUCUUGCUUUGGGUAAAUCCCCCAUUACUGUGAGUCGUACUGAAGGUUACAUCGGGGUUCUAAUCGACGAUUUGACAACGCUUGGAACCAACGAACCGUACCGAAUGUUUACGAGUCGCGCCGAAUUCCGACUAACUUUAAGGCCGGACAAUGCCGAUCAAAGACUCACAGCUAAAGGUUAUCAAGUAGGUUGUGUCAAUAAAGCUAGGUAUGACAAAAUGGUGGCCAUGCAAGAAAAACUAAAUGAUGGAAUAUCUCUUUUGAAAAGUAUAACAAAACCAGCUCGAACUUGGAGAAAACUUUUGAAAAUGGCGCCAUCUAGGAAUAUGAUGCAAAAGUCGGCUUUUAACAUGCUUGAUUGCUACAAUGAGGGGGUUACGAUUUCGAUGUUGGCAACAGUGGCACCGGAAUUGUUGCCACUAACACAUGACCCCCUACUUGAAAAUCGCUUACAUAUCGAAGCUACCUAUGAAGCUGCAGCUUCUGAACAAGCCGUUGAAGUGGAGGAAGUGCGAAAGGAAGAAGCUUUGCUCAUUCCGAAAGACUUAGACUAUUAUUCAGAUACUCUUAAUUUGAAUUCCGAAGAGAGGGAAAAGUUGUGUUCUAUACAACCACAAACUAUUGCUGCCGCUAGUCGAAUUCCGGGAAUAAGUCCGUCUUCUGUUUUUAGAUUGUUGCGUUUUGUUAAAAAAAAUCCAGCGGUUCAAGCCGUAUAAAAUAUAAAAUUAAUGAAAA